AGAGCUCCCAGUGCUGAGCCUCUGUGUUAGGUUGUGAGGCUCUGGCUGGAGGCGGGGAGGAGCGGAGGGGUUCAGAACGAGCUCGGCCGCUGGGUGGGUCGGGGCGUUUGGCGCGCCCUUCAUUGAAGCGGCAGUGGCUGGGCUGGGCGCCGGGAGUGGGAAGCGACGGCGCGGCUGGAAAAUGCCAGUCCAUUCCCGUGGGGAUAAGAAGGAGACAAACCAUCAUGAUGAGAUGGAGGUGGACUACGCCGAAAACGAGGGGAGCAGUUCCGAGGACGAGGACACAGAGAGCUCGUCGGUCUCCGAGGAUGGGGAUAGCUCAGAAAUGGAUGAUGAAGAUUGUGAAAGAAGAAGAAUGGAAUGUUUAGAUGAAAUGUCCAAUCUUGAAAAACAGUUUACAGAUCUCAAGGAUCAACUUUAUAAAGAACGAUUAAGUCAGGUGGAUGCAAAACUACAAGAAGUCAUAGCUGGAAAAGCACCAGAAUAUUUGGAACCACUGGCAACUUUACAAGAAAAUAUGCAAAUUCGUACAAAGGUAGCAGGAAUCUAUAGAGAGCUCUGCUUAGAAUCUGUAAAGAACAAAUAUGAAUGUGAAAUUCAAGCUUCUCGCCAGCAUUGUGAGAGUGAAAAGCUUUUGUUAUAUGAUACAGUCCAGAGUGAACUAGAGGAGAAGAUAAGGAGGCUUGAAGAGGACAGGCACAGCAUUGACAUUACCUCAGAGCUGUGGAAUGAUGAGCUUCAGUCGAGGAAGAAGAGGAAGGAUCCUUUCAGUCCAGACAAAAAGAAGCCAGUCGUCGUUUCAGGUCCAUAUAUAGUUUAUAUGCUACAAGAUCUUGAUAUUCUUGAAGACUGGACAACAAUUAGGAAGGCGAUGGCUACACUGGGUCCACACAGAGUGAAAACAGAACCACCUGUGAAAUUAGAAAAACAUCUGCACAGUGCCAGAUCUGAAGAGGGAAGAUUAUAUUAUGAUGGUGAAUGGUAUAUACGUGGACAAACAAUAUGUAUUGACAAAAAAGAUGAAUGUCCUACAAGUGCCGUAAUUACAACAAUUAACCAUGAUGAAGUUUGGUUUAAGAGGCCUGAUGGAAGCAAAUCUAAGCUUUACAUUUCACAGCUACAGAAAGGAAAAUAUUCAAUUAAACAUUCGUAAUCAUGAUUUAAGUGUUAUCUAAAUCUACCUUAUUAGUGUUACCAAAUGUGAUGUGCCAUGGGAGUAAAAAAAUGCAUUCAAUAAUUUAAUAUUCUCGCUGAAUCAUGAGGGAAUAUUAUUUGUAGGUAGUAUUCUAAGUAGACUUCAUACUGAUAUGUUAUUAAAAGAGACAGAAAAAAAGUUUAAUUGUGAUCAUUACACUUAUUUGCCUUUUAGGUUCAAUGACCAAUAGGUGUAUAUGGUAGGUGUUUCUUACUAAACUUUUUUCUUGGUUAAUAUGCAGAUCUAUGUAUUUAGUGAGCUAUGUUGCUAAAUGGCUAAUUUUAUCUGCAAUUUCCCCCCUCAUAUCUUUGUCACUCAUUAUGUGUUUGUAAAUAAGCCUCAUAAAACAUUUCCUAUAAGUGGUUUGUACUAGUAUAUUAGUGUUUAAUCAGAAUUGAAAUUUAAUCGUAUAUAUGUGAGUAUGUAUAUAUGGCAUUAUCAGCUUGUUUAGAACUGAUGGCCUUACUUUACAAUCUUGUUUUACCCAAAAUGAAGCUAUUGGGUUUGACAUCUAAAAGGAGCACUUUUAUAGACUAGCAGCUUUCUUUCUUCUCUUCUAUGAUUGUAUAGUGGUGACCUAUUUUUACAAAUUAUACUUAAUGUUAAUUAGUAAAAUUAGUGUCAAGUAAUAACUUGCUUCUAUGUGUGUUUCCUGUGAGUCAUUAGAGGGCAGGUGUUUGUGCUGCAGCGUUAAUGGUGGACAGUACCUGACAGUAUUGUGGUGCUUGCUCUGCAUUCUGAUCUUUGGAACAGAUUUUUAGUAAGCAUUUUCCAGAGGUAAAAGUAGGUUCUUAUCCUAAUUUUAUUCCUAGAGCAAAGUAGACAGGGAUAAUUUCCCUGGAUUUAUUCUCAAAUUAGAAAUUUUAUCUACACUUCUACUAAAUUCUACACUUUAAGGGCACUUGGUGCAAUUUAGAAAGUAUUGGCCUCUUCCCUUAGCCACAUUCACAAUUAACUUCUAAAACCUCAGGAACAGUACGAAGAAUCGAAACCCUCAAUAUGGCAGCACAGUUGGCUGUAGUGUAUAUAUUAGGGUACAACCAAAUCAAGUAUUCCUGGUGGUCGUGUGCACUUUAAUUUCUGUUAUAGUGAGACUUAAGAGGAUAAGGAAGAGAUCUACUUACUAACACUUAGGGCAGGAAUAUCUGCGUUAUUCCAUUUGUCGUCUGACUAUUUUACCUCUGCAAACAGCUUCCUGAACGGAUCACUACUUCACAGUUGCCAAAUGUUAAAAUAUUUGACUUCUGAAAGUCAUGUCAGCAAAAUUAUGUACUUUGUUCUGUUUCUAAUUAACCUUAGCAAAUGUACAUAAUGUCAUAAUCUGAUAGUAUUUGACAGUACUUAUGUAUACAAUGUUUCAUAAGCAUUUUUAAUAAGAUUUGUAUUUUUAAAUUUAGUAUAUAAUAAAAAAUGUGUUUGAGUGU